CUUCGCUUCACAGCACUUUCGCAAUCCGACCCAUCGUCUUAUCUUUAUCAAUGCCUUUUACAACCUGUUCGACUUCAUCGGCACCAUGAUCGCCGUCGAUGGUCCCAAGGCGGGGAAUGCCUCCGCCUUGUGUCAGUUCCAGGGCUUCUGUCUUCAAAUGUUCCCCCUCGCAGAUGUGCUGUUCACCCUUGCUACCGCUUGCAACGUCCUCCUCGUUGUCUUUUACCAAUACGACGCCGAGUCUCUGCGCAAGUUAGAAGUGUACUAUACGGGCGUCAUUACUUUCCUUGUCGGAGUCCCGGCAAUCGUCUUCUUCUUUAUUCGAAGUGCGGAGAAAGGCCCUUUCUAUGGCAGUGUGGAUCUGUGGUGUUCAAUCUCUCACGAAUGGGUUCUCUUCCGCAUUAUCUUUUAUUAUGGCCCUAUAUGGUUCAUCAUCACCAUCAUCACAAUCAUCUACUGCCUCGUCGGCAUCAAAAUCUUCAAUCUAAAACGCAAAUUCAAGUCGAUCUGCAAAGAUCACAUUGUCCUGACAUCAAAGACGUCCAACAACGCUAUCUCCGUGACUGUCCAGGUCGACUCCCAUUCCCAGUCCCAGUCGCACCCCUUGAAUCUGGUGAGAUCACGUGAUGCCAAGGAACCCUCUAUCCAAACCGUCAUUUCGCCCUCUGCCACCCAUCAGUCCAGCGAUAGUAGUCUUACGCUGAUCCAAAAGCUCCCGGACCAGUCACCCAUGUUGCUCCGACAGUACCUGCUCAUGCCGGUCUUGUUCUUCCUUAUCCUGCUAGCGACCUGGGUCGUACCGACGAUCAAUCGCGUUUCCUCCUUUGUCAACCCCAAAUUUCAAUCGUAUGGGCUUAUGAUCGCUGUGGGGGCGAUGGGAUCCCUACGGGGAUUUUGGAACGGGGUUCUCUUCAUCGCUAUUGGUCUGAAGGGGUGGAAGAGGCAAAGGGAUUUGGACAGGAGAUUGGUCGGCAGUAAGGUGAGCACUUAGAUACCUACUAUUGGAGUACUGCAGUAAAUGAUCCUGUAAUUCACGGAUAGUAGGCGCUUACCACAGUCUAGCCGGACAACCGUCUCCAAUGAAGCCAUUAGAUCCCUAUGGCUCAUGAGUGACGACUACGACUAUACGAGCUAUAUAUAUAUUUCCUUUUUGGGCGUCAGAUAACCGAGAAUAUUCGUUGUACGAUACGAUGUUGGUCACUUGGCUGGUCCAGUACUUUCUGUUACUAUUAUACAGGUCAUUGGAGCAGGGCGCAGGAUAUGUGAUUGAAUGGAGGCAUAUUGGUCUACUUGGUCUGCAUUUAGCAAACAUAGAAAAAAUCUAUCAUCAGACAUUACUGUAUACCCCAUCUUCUAGAAAAGAGGGGGAUUCCCA